UUGCUUGAAAAACUGUUCAUGCAAAGUUGCUUUGUUUAAAAAUGAUUUAGGCUAUAAUUGAAAGACUGGUUGCUUAUUAUUGUUUGAAGUCUUUUCUAUUAUCAAUAAUGACGGGGGGUUUGAUAACAUCACCGUGUUUCUUGAAGUGCAGAAGUCUCCAACUGGAGAGUAUCCUACUCCUUCACCAACAUAUUCUCCUCAACAGCAAUCAAGGCAUGUCAAAAUUAUAUUGGGAUCUAGUCUCGGAGCUUUCUUUGGUGUAUUUUUUGUGGUUGCCUGCUGCUUUUUUCUUUUUAGAAAUAAGCGAGAAUUCAAGGAACUUGAUGAGUUCUUCGUUGAUCAAGUACCAAGGAUGCCUGUUAGAUUAUCUAACGAAGAAUUGAGUGUUAUGACAAGCAAUUUCAAUAAUAAGCUUGGCAAAGGAGGAUUUGGGUUAGUGUUUCAAGAGACAUUAAGUGAUGGCACCAAAAUCGCGGUGAAGCAUCUCAAUGGUUUUGGUCAAGUUAAGAAGUCAUUCUUAGUUGAAGUAGAGCCAAUAGGCAGCACUCACCAUGUCAACUUGGUGAGAUUAAUUGGAUUUUGUGCUCAAAAAUCAUAUAAGCUUCUAGUUUACGAGUACAUGUCCAAUGAAUGCUUGGAUACAUGGAUCUUCCAUAGGCACCAGGAGCUCACUCUUGGGUGGCAAUCCAGAAAGAAGAUCAUCAUGGAUAUAGCCAAUGGACUAAACUAUCUCCAUGAGGAUUGUAGGCAAAAAAUACUUCACUUGGAUAUCAAACCCCAAAACGUUCUCUUAGAUGAAUACUUCAAUGUGAAAAUUGCUGAUUUUGGAUUGUCAAAACUAAUUGACAAGGACCAAAGCCAAGUUGUAACAGUGAUCGGGUUGUAG